AAUAAAUACAGUAGUCAUCUUAACGCAACUCUAUCAACACUGACUCACCUGUCAAAGACCCCGCACCACUUCGAACAUUGCUCUCAUUUUCCGGCUCUACGUUUUUCUGCACCAAAUUAUCCAUCAUGUUGAGAUCUCUGGCUCGCAGAUCCUCAACCGCCGGCACAUCGUACCUCACGCGCCGUGCAUUCGCAUCGGAAUCCGCUCCGGACAGGAAAGUCGCCAUUUUAGGAGCAGCCGGAGGGAUCGGGCAGCCUUUAUCACUUCUCAUGAAACUGAAUCCUUUAGUUUCCAGACUCGCACUUUACGAUAUUGCUGGAACUCCUGGUGUUGCUGCUGAUGUUAGCCAUAUCAACACCAGAUCUGAGGUUUUGGGUUUUGCAGGGGAAGAACAGCUAGGGAAAGCUUUGGAGGGAGCUGAUGUUGUCAUCAUUCCGGCUGGUGUGCCACGAAAGCCUGGUAUGACCCGUGAUGAUCUGUUCAACAUUAACGCUGGUAUUGUUAAGUCUCUUUGCACAGCCAUCGCAAAGUAUUGUCCUCAUGCACUUAUCAAUAUGAUCAGCAACCCCGUGAAUUCCACUGUCCCAAUUGCAUCUGAGGUGUUCAAGAAGGCCGGAACCUAUGAUGAAAAGAGACUCUUUGGAGUGACCAUGCUUGAUGUUGUUAGGGCAAAGACUUUCUAUGCUGGAAAAGCUAAAGUUAAUGUUGCUGAUGUCAAUGUCCCCGUUGUUGGUGGUCAUGCUGGCAUAACUAUCCUCCCGUUAUUUUCCCAAGCCACUCCAAACGGAAAUUUGGGAAGUGAAGAAAUUGAGGCACUCACCAAGCGCACCCAAGAUGGUGGCACUGAAGUUGUGGAGGCCAAGGCUGGAAAGGGUUCAGCCACCCUCUCGAUGGCCUAUGCUGGUGCCAUCUUCGCGGAUGCUUGCUUGAAGGGGCUGAAUGGGGUUCCAGAUGUUGUAGAGUGUUCAUUCGUACAGUCAACUGUGACAGACCUGCCUUUCUUUGCAUCCAAGGUGAGACUUGGGAAAAAUGGUGUUGAGGAAAUCCUCGGAUUAGGCCCACUUUCAGACUUCGAGAAACAAGGACUUGAAGCUCUUAAACCAGAGCUGAAAUCGUCCAUUGAGAAGGGAAUCAAAUUUGCCAACGACAAUUAAACAAAAAAGAAGUCUAUUUUCAAGUUUCCGAGUUCCAAUUUUGAAUACAUUUGAGUGCUUGGGUUAAUCCUUUGCGAGUUCCUUGCUGCCUGAGGCUAUUAGAUUUAGCUUUUAGUUCGAGAUAGUAGACGUUAGAUAUAACCAUAUAUUUGUCGAAAAUAAUCAUUGGCAGACUUGUGAUUGAUGCAUUUUGCUUCAAUAAUCGAUAGCGUUGAACAUACUACAUGCAUGCGAUUAUGGUCAGUAAAUGGCUGGACAGUUGAUGUGGGUGAGAAAGGGCAGCAACCUUGCUGUACUGUACUCUAUUAAUGGGAAAUGAAAUAUAAGAACUUGCAAUGAACGAA